CAAGGGGAGGAGGAAGAGACCAACAGACAGAGAGAGAAGGAGGAAGUAAAAGACGGGAGCGGCGGCGUUUAGCCUCUAAAAACCAUCUUAAACUAUCGACAAACUCUCUGAAACCCGGGACGCUUUGUCCUGUGAGCAGAAGGCCGUCGUUUAAUGCCGUGUUUUGGUGGAGAGGAGCAGCGUUUCGUGUAGACGAUGGGAGUGGGGGAUCCAAACAAGAUGGAGCAGGGGGCCGCGGCAGGUCCCGUGGAGGAAGUGGACCGAGUCAAGACCCUGCAGUCUCAGGUGGAUGGUGUAAAGGACAUCAUGACCCAGAACGUGGAUCGGAUCCUGGCCCGCGGUGAACGCCUGGACGAUCUGAUGGACAAGUCUGAGGACCUGCAGGCUGGGGCACAGAACUUCAAGCAGACGUCUCAGAAGGUGGCUCGUGCGUAUUGGUGGAAGAAUGUGAAGCUGAUCUUGGUAAUCGUCGUGGUCGUCGUUAUCAUUGUGCUCAUCAUCGUCCUGCUGGCCACCGGAGUGAUUCCAACCAGCGGGUCCGCGCCUGCACCGCCUACACCGCCUACACAGAAACCACCAAAGUGAUGUGAUUCAGAACCAUGUUAAAGCGAUGGUUCGGCCAAAAAUCAAAAGCACACGAUACACUAAAUGUAGUUGAAGACAUGUUUAGUGACGAACUGUUCUCUAUAUCAAUGGACAAAGUAGUAUUUUAUCUGUAGUUUCAUCAUCAAAUAACACAAUAUAGGUGCGAUAAUUUAGGCAUGCAUAUAUCCUGUAAGACUUCUUGUUAGCCACUAAAUUUGGGAUAAAGGGUGAAAAAUGUGCAGGUUUUUGAUUUUUGGCCAAACAGUCUCUUACAUAUGUAGCUAUAAAAGCCCACAUGUACACACAUCCAUUCCUAAAGACAUAAACAUGCAUACGAAGGUCGUCCUCCUCCCAAAGUGCCACAGGACAUGCAGGUUUUUGUGCCAAUCCUGUAUGGACGCACCUACCUCAGCCCUAUUAAAUGUUGAGAAGCCUCUGAAUGUUAUAAGUCAUAUGCAACAUAUUGAUUUUCUAUGUGAAAAAACAUUAACACAUCCUGUACAGAGAACACACUUGAAUAUUUCAUUUUAUGCAAAUUUGAGGGCACAAUUUUUACAUAUUUAGUUUACAUAUUGGGGGGAGAAAUAAAACCAAAAAUUUUAAAAUGUGCCAUAACUUUUACACAGGCCACAUUUUAUGUUUUAUUUUUAUUUCCAAUGUGUUAAACUGAGCAAAUAAACAGUAAUAUGAGGAUGUGUUAACCAACAUCAGUCAACAUGUAAUUCGACCAGGGGGGCCUAGACUUUGGUAUACAACUCUAUGUGUGUCAGAUCAGGAUUAAACUAAAUCCUGCAAGACUGUGGCACAACCGGAGGAGCGACAUCCAUCUGUCAUAAAUGCUGGUUUUACAUGAAUUCUUUAAAAAAUUCCUUUUAUUUGCACGUUUUUGCUCAGACAGUCACAGUGCUCUGGUUUUUGACCGUCUGCUGUGGUUACAGAGCUUCCAAUCCACGGUUCUGCAGUUUAAAGGCCUUUAAACAGAAGCUUUGAAGCAGUACUUUCCUCGCUGUUGCUAACAUUGCUGACAGUGAAUGAAAGCUAGAGCAGGGUAGCAUUAACUUCUUUCCAAAAUGCAAUUGUCUCAGUUUCAUUCAUUGUUAGCAAUGUUAGCAUUCUAGUGGAAAAUAUUCCUUUAAUAUGGUUUAGCGGUACCAAGUUCAUCAUCACCAGACUCCUGCUUCACAGUGAUGCAUGCUGUUCAUUUGGCAUGCUAAUGCUAUAAACAGUGCCUGGUGUUCAGUGUAAACCUGAUGUUACAUAUUUAGAAAAACCUGAUUUUACUCAUGAAUUAUAGGCUAUUUAUUAGACCACACACAUCGAAUCCAUCUUGAAAUGGCCCUGAAUGCUGGAAGUUAACAUUCACAAGAUUUGGGAAUAUAGAGACAUUAGCGCUGAAUGUUUCAGUAAGUUACGUAUUGUCACUGUCCCAAAACAUGAAUUUUAAUACAGCACCUGUUCUUUACAGUGUAUAAACGUAUUAUGACCAACAAAAAUGCUCCAAAAUUACUUGGAAUAAAAUUUUCUUAUAUUAACUUACAUUAAAAUUGAGUAACAUUUCUGUGAAGUUGCCAUUACCACCUGUUUAGUGGUGUUGUUUUGGACCGUGAUGAUAUUCAAGAAAUAUAUAUAUAUAUGGAAAUGAACCCUUUAUGGUACUUAUAAGAAGUUUUGUAUUGAAAAUACACACAAGUUCAAGAUGAAUUUUGGGAUUUCGCGUUAUUUGCUAAAAGCUCCAUACUGAAAAUUUGUGGAAAUUAACCCUGAAUGCUUUUAUUAUUUUCUUUUUUUUUCUUUUUCUUUUUUUGGAGGGGGGGUUACGAUUCGUAAGGUUGACUGUUGCUUAUAUGUAAAUUCAGUUCCCUUCUUUUCUGUUAUUCAUGACUUUAAAGUAGACAGCUUUUCCAUUUUGCUCCAGGCUAGUUUUGGAGUUCCUCCAAAGACAUGAAGUGAGAUGCUAACUCAUGCUACUGGAUGUCUACAGCGAAGACAUGAAAUCUUCAGAGGGUCAUCACAAAUGUGUGUGUGUACAUGUGUGAACUGAAUGAAGUUACUGUAUGAAAAGUUCACGAGCAUCAUCUUACCUGCUUUGUUUCUUUAGCCGUUUGAAUGUGUUUCAUGCUGUGGUGACCCCUGGGGAAGGGCAGACUUUGAACAAUACUGCAAUUUUGCACUUUGGCUCAGUGCGUUCCUGCUGUGGGUAAAAUAUUGUUUUUAGUUUGUUAAGCUUAUUGUGUGCAAUUCAGUCACUGAUGUAUUUUUUCAUUUUUUUCUCCUCAGUGCUAUGAAGGAAACCCCUGACCUCUUUAUAUUCCUUUUGUGGGUGGCUAAAAGUUUCGAUUCAGACAACUUUGCACGCCUCUUCAGUUCAAAUGCUGAGGGUGGGUUACACCAACAAGUUAAGUCGAACAGAGUUUUAGGGCUAAUCAAGAGCUAAUCCAUUUUAAAAUCUACGCUUAUAGCCUUAAUCUGUGGUUAAAACCCUGCCAUGCCACCAGUUUUCAUUGUCCGCCAUGAUGGAUUUUCAGCAACAAACAAACAGCAACAACGAUGUUCUUAAUGCUAAUCAUUAAACUAACCUACACUGUUUUCAGUUUUAAAGAAAAGUAGCACAGGGCUUCACUAAAAACAAAUAGGAAACUCACUUAAUACAUUUGCUUAGCUCACUAUGUGGAUCUACAUGACAAGAUCAAAGAUCAGAGCAAAAUCGAGGAGGUGGACAGGAAAGGAAGGUUCAUUCAGCUAUUCGGCUGCAGCUUCUGUUAAACAGUUUUCCAGCUAAAAGGUAUGAAGUGAAGUGUUGCUGUGGUUCAUUUAUCUGUUUCUCUUAAACAUCUUAAAUGAACUGCCUCUUCAGUGUAAAUUUAAGCUACGUGUGAUCUAAUGUGGAUGUUUUUGCAGAUUAAUGUUGUACAGUACAGUAAUAGUGUUAGUUUGCUACCUAGCUAGGUAAGCAGUGUUUGCUAAAAAGCUACCUACAGUGCAAUACGCCAGUAACUGAGGCACUCUUUGGUUAUCUAUGCCAGUGAUUGAGUGAGUAAUGUUUCAUAUGCCAGCGAAUGAGUGAAAUACAGCAAAAACUGAGGUAAAUCUGCCUUUGGCUAAGUGAAAUUCAGCAAACGUUGAAGUAAAUCUGCCAUUGGCCAAGUUAAAUGCAGCAGUAACUGAGGUAAAUCGGCCAGCGGCCUAAUGAAACAUGGCAGUAACUGUAAAAAUCUGCUAGUGGCUGAGCGAAAUAUGGCAAUAACUGAGGUAAAUCUGCCAGCGGCCGAGCAUAAAUUGACUAUAACUGUGGUUAAUCUGCCUUUGGCCAAGUAAAAUACAGCAGUAACUGAGGUAAAUCGGCCAGUGGCUGAGCUGAAUAACCGUUUGUGAAGUGUAGAUGGGCUUUGAGUAACUUUAAAAUCCUGAAUUACUCAAAACAACAGGCCACUCACCAGCUAGGAAAAAGUCUGUGAAUGGAAGAGCAGGUAAUGUUAGCAUAUCCAGAUCACUGCUCCUUUUCUUGUUUGAGAGUUUGUGUGGAUCCAGACUGUCAAAAAGGCCAACUUUUAUAAUUUCAUAGUGGUUCGGCAACCCUCUGGAGUUGGUAAAAAUAUACUCCUUUCUCAUUUGCUACCAUUCAAAGCAUGACAAGACUGAAAAAAUGCCAUAAAACAGCAAUCUCAAAGCAAUUAUCAAAGAUAAAAACCAGUAUGACGGAAUGACCCUAUUAUGCAUCCAUUCCCUAGCCCUACUGUGUCCGGAGGCUUGGCGUCAAGGGGAGCUGUUUAGCCAGCUCAGAGAAAACUUAAAGUAUACAUAAAACUUGUUGGUAUAUUUAGUUUGUAUCCGGUCAUUUACAUCAUAUACAUGCAGUUUGUAACUGCAACUUACCUUCAUUAGUGAGAUCCUGCUGGUGUACGUUUCUUCUGUUUCACUAAUGCACACGAAAGUUACUUGAGUGCUAAUAGCGCCCCCUUGUGGAAUUUUCAGCCUGUAAACCAUCAGUAACAGAGGGUUACAAGCAUGUUUUCUGAGGUGCUUUAUAUAUUGUCACUGUCAAAUUUGAAAGCUCCAGUCACCCUUGGCACUGUGUUAAAAUUUUAUAACGAACGGACCAACAGAAAAAGUCAAAAAACAUUUUGGAGAUACAAGGUUUCGUUCUGAUAGCAGCGAUAAAUAGUUUCACUUGUUUAUACAAGUUGUUGCCAAGUUGCAAGUUUGAAUUUGUCCCCUGAAUGAAGUUUAAAUCUGAGUUUAAAGUAAUUGUGCAACUGGAUCAAAUUUAAUCUUUCCGGGAUUAAAAUGACGGUUUAAAUGUAACCUUGAUUUAUUGUUAAACAAGGUUUAAAGUUGGUAUUAAUAUAUAAACCUUGAUUCAGUCCAAGGUCAAACUUAAUCUCUAUUGGUGCAGCCCUCCCUCAAUCUCCAGAUGACUUUGAUGAUAAUGUUGAACUUUUGUCAUAAAUCUCACCAAGUUGAGCAGUAAAGCCAAUCGCUAACACUUCACUCUAACCCUGCGACAUAACAUUGUCAUGGAAUGGAAGAUGUAUAAUGUUAUAUGCUGUUAUGGCGGAUUAUGUCCAGUAAUAUAACAGUAUUGUGAUACUGGUAAUUGUUAUGACCUCUUAUGUAACAUGGAAAUAUUUGCUGUGUACUCUAGUUUGCCGUCAUGACAUCAAACAUUUUGGCGUCUGUCAUUGUCAUUAACAGUAAUGCCAACAUUGCAUUGCGAUAUUACUUGACAUUAUCUGUUAUGACAGCAUUCGACUAUUGACAUGACAUGGUUAAGGAAUGGUUAAGUCAGUGUUAUGUAGCAGGGAUCAAGUAAAGUGAUACCAACUUAAGUCUCACAUUGGCUCUGCUUGGUUUCUCCAUCGACGCCCUGCUGUGGAGAUCUGGAGAGGUCAAACGUCUGGCUUUUGUAAAUAGUUUGAAUAGUCUCAUCUGUCUCUCUUUUUUUCUGCUAAAUCUCCUGCUGUAGUCUUCAUAGAAUGUUACAUAUUCACGUUUAUUUAUUGUUUAAUUUUAUUUCCCAGCAGUUUUAGGUGUCUUAUUAUUACUAAUCAUCAUUUAAAUCGAGAAGUGAUUGUUACAAGUAUAAAGUGCCUUCGAUUUUUAUCUCGAGUCCUAAUCUUGGAGUCACUUGGUAGCCUUAACAGUGUCUUCCACACCAAAAUCGUUAUGUGCUGCUUUAUCUGCCCAUCAGACCACCUGAUUUCGCUAAUUUGGUUUUUCUCUUUAUUUACUUCCUUGUCUUUGUGUAAACAGCUGGUGUUGUACGGUUGGAAUAAACCCUUGUAGACACAUCAGUGAUUAUUAUGUUCUUCAAAGGAAACCUAGGAUUUGUAGGUCAAUAAAUUUUGAAAGCUUCAAAUCUGAAGAUUGAUGUUUUUAAAAUAAACAGUUAAUAUGCAAUUAAAA